UUUUAAUAAGCCGUAUACAAACUGGCCUUAAGCUCAUUUUGCAGAAAUAUGCUGGUGCAGGAACGUGUUGUUUUUCUUUUAAGCAUACUCUCUUCCAGUGUUAUUUAUUGUUAUGAAAACUUCCAAAUUGAUGCACUAAAAGGGCCAGACAAUUAUAUCAUACAUGAGGACGGUAAAAGUAGUUUUAAACCAGCGGUUGCAACGACCCACAUCAAACAUACACAAAUUUUUCAAACAAAUGGAAAUGUUUUGGAACUUCCAAAUCUCACGCAACGACUAGUUAACACUAUUAAAAAAUAUGCACUAGAAAAUCGGGUAAAAUACUGCGACUUGUUACCAGAGGUAGUGAGAAGGCUUUAUCAAAGAAAAGAGAUUGCCUGUGGUUAUUCUGCAUUCGAUCCAAUUUGUAACAAUCAAAAUGAAGCUCCCGUAGUGGAUUAUGUGCCACUUCAAACGCCUUUCUAUUUUGAUAAUAAAUACGCCGAUGUUUUACCACCAAUUCCAGAAACUGAUUACUCGCCCACAUUUCCCUCUUUUGCACAACCAGACCUGAACUAUCAGCCAGGUUAUUACAUUUACAAACCGCCACCUAAAGUUUUUCCAAUAAAUCGUUACCAAGACUUUACGUCUCCCGCAAAAGUAUACAAGCCAGCUAAACCCUUAUGGCAACUCCCACAACUAAAUCUAACAAAAGGCAAAUAUAAAAUUAAUCCACCCUCAUUUAAUGGUAAGCCUAAUGAAGAUAUCGUAUCUUCUAGUGAUCCUAUUCUUCCAAAAUUGAGUGUACCAAAAAAAUGGGAGCCAUAUUUGCCUCAACUUGCCCAUUUAUUAAAUGAAGAUCGCCAGUCAAAAAAACCACAAGAUUCAGGUUCUACAACAGAUGGGGAAAAAAUACCUAAUAAUAAAGAGGAACCACUUUCAGAUGAUGAGUCGCAAGAUGGUCCAAGUGUACCGAAAUCUAAUGAAUCUGUCCAUCCCGAAAGUGAAAAACCGAAAACUGACGAAAGAAAUGACAUACAACCGCCUGAAAACAAGAACAAACAGGGAUCUGGAGUUCCGCCUUUAUUGCGAGGAACAUUCGGAACUAGAAAAGGAGGCAACAAUUUUUUUUCUCCAAGACCAAGUCAACGUAAAAGAGGGCGAACUUUGAAUUAUCGUGGUUAUUACGAGAAAAAUUUGGCAAAGAAACAAGGUUCUUUACUGAAGUCACGGACAAUAAGUAACAAGUUUAGAAAGAAGUUUCGAGGACGUGAAUACGACCAAGGAUUUUCAAGACAAAAUCGCCCCUUUAAAUACAACAAUGAAGGACGUACAACUUAUACAGCCCCUAUUUACCUAAAUAUCAGCAAACCAGAGAAAGGAGAAGGGGAAUUUAGAGUUUUUGGACGUGGUGCCAAUGCCGCAUUAGAUAACUUUUUAAAGCAAAAUAAAGGUUCUGUCUUAAAGAGUAAUCCUUAUUACACCGUCUCUCCAGAGAUGGGCUUACCAAUCGGUUUAAAAAUGUUCCAAUACCCUUUUAAUGAGACUCACAUUGCAAACAAAAGCAUCGUAAUUAGUCUCCACCCAAAACCAUCAGAACUGGUCAAAAAACAAGACAUCUCGAAAAUCAACGAUGUCAAAUUCAAAAUCGGAACAGACGGUAAAGUCAUCCCUCAACACAGUUUCAGGUCAAACGCGAAAAAGGGAAUCGGUGGAACAACUGUGGCCAAAUUCCAACCCAGCGGUAAAACAUUCAUAAUACGGAACAAUCGUUUGUCGACAUGUCAAGGCCAAAUAUCUCCAGAAACAGGCGACUGCAACGGCCAGCUCAUCCCAUUAGUUCGGCACACAGUUACUGAUAAUUGCUACAUUAAUGAUUUUCCCCGAGUUGCUGACUUUGUUUGUUUGUCGACAAGUGCCGGACCUGAACCCAUUUAUAUGACCUACUACAGCAAUCGGCUUAAAUGUGAAACGGACGCUUCCAAUGCAAAUUUCAAGACAUUUGAUGCGUUUAAUCGAGAUUGCGCUAAACAUGCCACAAGAGCAACUUACAAAUAUUAUACUAAUGGACCUGUGGACGAAAAUGCAAAUUGUACCAACGAUAAUCCCAAAGUUUGCACUUUCGAGGAGAAUUUGGUGCUGAAAGAGGGGUCCCGGAAUGUUCUCAACUGAUAAUUAUUUACAGUCUCUGUAGAAAAUAAAUUAAUAAUUUAAUAAUCAA